CGCGUCGGCGCCUUUCGUUCACCUCAUCACCGCACCAAAAAUGUGCUUGAACACAAUAUACCACUGGGGGUACAUGGCACUUCUGCAAUAGACAUGCUUGUCGACUCUAAUCCAUUCCGUCUUACCCUCAUGUCUGUCGACCCGCCUCCGUCACUCCAGAGCCAUGAGUUCAAUCCAGUCGCUCGGCCUCCAUGAGCCCAGCGCUCUAUCCUACCUUAUUGCCGCUUCGAUCCUGCCCCCAGAUCCUCCAAUCUCACUGUAUAAAUGGACACUCUCGCGCGUGUACGACAAACAUGCUUCGAGUUUCGUGGAAGAAGAGAUUCUCAUCACAGAACACUGCGUGGUAUGGUCCAGGAACGGCGCAAUUGAAAGAGCGCUGAACCUCAGUGUCGAGGGGGAAACUAUUCUCCAUGCUUUUGUCACUCGGUUUGACCAGCCUGGAAAUCACGAAAAGAGCAGUCAACAGCAGCAUGAAUCUGUGAAGUUGUCGGAGCGUGGUCUGGUGGUGGUGUUCAAGACUCAGGUCCACAUAUUCCUUCUCUCCGGCGAUAGCUAUGUUUUCCCUCUCUCCUUUGAGGUCGAGUCUGCGUUUCCUUACCCAUCUGGAUUCAUUCUACAGCGGAAAUUGGGAGAUAGGGAAUCUGGUGGCUACGUUGAACAUGUCCACCAUGAUCUCAGUACCAUCAACGAGACCCUGACUUCCAUCGGUGGUAACAGCUCGAGGCCGUCACUGGUCCUGCCAGAAAAGCGGCACUCAGACCCUAGGCUGAUAUCUACCAGCACUAAUGGCAUCCCUCGGACCUUUUCGUUGACUGAAAUCAUGUCGGAGCUGGGUCUCGUGGUGUGGAGCCCGAACCGGAAAGGCGAAGCCCUCGAAGAAUGUAAUGCUCUUCCUCGCUCGGAGAAGUUGAUCUUCAUCACGGCUGGGGACGAACUCGGCCCUGAAAGCGCGAGCGAUCGACCUGUCUGCAUGGCUUUGACCUUCAACGAAAAAAAUGCUACUUUCACAGUCUGGCAUGUGAGCGGAGAUGCCAUGACAGGGCAGCAACAACCACGAAGUAAGAAGGAUAGCAACACCAAAACUCGCGCGUCUCUGAGGAAGAGUUCAAACAUCUAUGGGCGAGACCCCAACACCCUCAGGGAAAGCCUUUUAGGCUCCCGUCCUUUGCAUCCUGAGGGUGGGCCGUUUUCGUCUCUGGAGGAGCAGAAAUCCUUUCCAGUAAAUGACCUGGCUUCUCAACUAGGUCCCGAGUUUGGCGACGUUGGGGUGCAAACCCGGUCAGCCCGCAGAGUCAGCUCAAUGCUAGCGCGCACAGAUUUGGGUUCUGCAGCAGAUCGAAAUACGUUCAACGAUCUAGCAAUGGGCCAUGCAGGCCGGCAGAGUCUAAAUAGGGCAGGCAGGCGAGGCGAAUCAAUCGGGAGUUUCAACGAUCGGCAGAGCUUUGGUUUUCGACGAAGGAGCUCUUUCCCGACAAAUGCAUCUAUUUUCAGCAAUGGCACCUCGUUCCUGGACAUUUCAGCUCGGGGGCUCCUAGAAGAAUUCGACCCAUUGCGGCAAUCUACACGUCUCGAAGAUGAUACUUUUGACGGCUCGGAAACCAACUUACCCAGAAGUGUCGGUUUCUUCAAAGUCAAAAGCUUUCCUAGGCGACAACCAUCUCCUGAGUCCAAUUCAGCGGUCGAGAUGAAAGUUUUGCAGUUGAGCCCUGGUAGCCCCUUCGAGCAAGGUGGUAAGCGAACAAGAGACGUCCACCUUUGCGUGAUGGACAAGAGCACCCAGGAGAUGACCAUAGUCAGGGUUCUGGUGAAGAGACAUAUCCAGAGCAAUACAAGAAAGUCGACCGUGUCCAAGCAUUCGUUUGAGCUCAAAGUUGCUGAAAUUAGCAGGAUUCCGGGUAUAAAGGAUGCAUGCACAGUCGUGGAUAGAUCUAUCCAGCGAUUAGUCGUCCUCACGCAGUCCCGGUCACAGAUUGUCGGCUUGCAACUCGAAUCGCCGUGGUCUCCGUCCUUCGAAAUCGGACUUCCUACUCGUUACGCAAUCUACGAUCCGUUUUUGAGCUCUCAGUCAUCUAGCCCGAGAAAGGAUAAAGACACAGGAAUUAGGCGGGUCAUACCAGGAAAAGAUGUCCAGAUCCAAUCCUUGCUCAGUUCAGGUAUUCAAGCACAGAUCUAUGCGAUUGAUCAAGACAAGCGCAAACAUGCGCUGGGAAUCCGACUUGCUCCGCGAGAUCCUCUCGUUCACAAGGUUCUCAAGAUGUGUGACAUGGUGCUAGGAUCAAACCAACAGGAGAGCCUGCUCGUUGCAUUUUGGGAGGUCUCGAGGUGGUUGAAAGGCAGGGAACCACCAGUGACCUCUGAAUGGACCGCAAUGCUGGUGGUGCUCUUCUCGCUCGGAGUGCCUUUCAUCAGCAGUCAACAUCCACAGUCCACACCCACGCGGCGUCGAACCAAAACUGCUCUCCUUCGCUCCAGCAGUGGAAGUGCCAUCGACCUUACGAAUUACGACCUAAUGCAUCAUGCAGAUGACGAAAUACCCCAGAGAUUUGGAAUGCAAGGACCCGCUUGGGAGUGGGUUUCGCAGAAGCCUCAUGGUACAACGACAGUCACCCCCAAAUCAAAGCACUCCCGUGCGGCGAGCACGGCGUCUUUCCACGAAAGUCCUCCUGAUAAGAAGAACGCAUUUUUGAUUGGAUGUAUAGCACUGGCAAGAGAGUAUACUCAGACUCCCACAGGGGAAAGUGCCCUCGGACCCGAGGGCUAUCUGCCGACUUCGAUCAACAAGGAGCGAGAACAACGAUGCAAUGCCAUACCCAGCAUUCUACUCGGUCUGCAUCUCCUUUAUGAAGAAGACAAACUCAAUAUAAUGGCAAAUCCUGGUCGGAAAGAUGCAAGGAACAGUUUGUUGAUUGUUCUUGUUCAGCUGGGGCGUUGGCUUGGAUGGAAAGACUGGACAUCUGGGAGUUCCACCUAUUAUGAACACGAAUCGGCGGAAGUCACUGACUAUUUGUACGACGAGUCAUUACUUGAUGGUCUGCGAAUUCCAGCCCAACCGUUUCCGCCGCCGUCAAUCUACGAUCAUUUUGAAAAAUGGAUCAUUGGGAACCCGCCUGCUCCAUUUUUGACGUUGACUCGUUUGUCUGGUUUUCCUGAGCUGAGCCACCAUGAUCACCCAUUGUGGUGGCAGGCAGCAGACCUGACGCCCCGAACGUUGGCUCUUCUGUCCCUCAUGGAUCAAGCGAAGGAUCAGCUCAGUCCCCAGAGAGCAAUUACAGUUCUGCUUCGGUCAGGGUUUAAUGAGCGCAUCUUGAGCACUCUUCCGGACGGGGUAGCAGCUGCUUUCCAUCAAACAAUUGCGUCGAACCGGUACAGGGCGGACAAAAUUGGGGACCAAGUGAAUCAGCUUGUUCUGGGACGAAGCGUUACAGUUCAACGAGGUGACGAUCUGUCUCACCACCCAUAUAAAUCACAGUUGUCACCAUCGUCGCACGAAGCUCUGAAGGACUAUCACGCUGUCUGUUCAUCUGCAAUCGAAGCGGAAACACUUCAAAGAUGGGACGCAUCCUCCGAGGCCGACCGGCAUGUUAUUAGCAAGUUGAUAUUCAAUGAGGACCGCCGCUUCUCAGAAGCUUCCAAACUAGUCAACCAGACAAGACCUCCAGUGGUUGAGUGCACGCCGGAGCCCGGCUGGAGCGACGUGGAGUUGUUAGAGGCGCAAAAGGAACUGGCGCAACACGUUACCCGGAGGACAUUGUCUGUGGCUGCAGGACGAGGGAUGAUGCAUUUUAAUGCUCGUGUCCCCUUGCUCACCGAAAGGGUGCCCAUACCUGCUUUUAGUCUGCAGUGUAUCAUGAAGCCUAGCAAUGCCGGUGAGGGUACUCAAGCCAUGACUUUCAGCGCCGACAAAGCCACAUUUACGGAAGAAAAAGUGUGUUGGGCAUUCUUUCACAACGGCGCUUCAAUGGGUCUCAUGAUCUCGAACGAUGCCAAAGGGAUUAACACCUCAUGGAUACUGUAUAACAAGCCGCCCGAAUUGACCAACCGCCACGCAGGGUUUCUGCUUGCUCUUGGUCUCAAUGGACAUCUCAAAACACUGGCCAAAUGGGUUGCAUUCAAGUAUCUCACGCCGAAGCACACUAUGACAUCCGUUGGACUCUUGCUCGGACUGUCAGCCUCUUUUCUAGGAACCAUGGACACUCUGAUAACGCGCCUGCUCUCCGUUCACGUCACCCGUCUCCUGCCGUCUGGUGCAGCUGAACUCAAUCUGUCUCCAUUGACACAAACCACUGGAAUCAUGGGAAUUGGACUCUUGUAUUACAAUUCUCAACACCGCCGCAUGUCUGAAGUUAUGCUAUCCGAGAUUGAAAACGAUGAUCCGGAAGAAGGUGUUGCAUUCGACAACGUCCUUCGCGAUGAGGGUUAUCGACUUGCGGCCGGAUUUUCUUUAGGUCUCAUAAAUCUUGGGCAGGGCAAACGCCUUCAUGGUCUUCAUGAUAUGGGUGUUGUCGAACGCCUUCUCACUAUCGCCGUGGGCACGAAGAAUGUGAAUAUGGUCCACGUCCUCGACCGCGCGACUGCGGGAGCUGUUAUGGCCAUUGCUUUCAUUUUUAUGAAAACCAAUGAUAGUGCAAUUGCAAAGAAAGUCGACGUUCCGGAUACCUUGCACCUAUUCGACUAUGUACGACCAGAUAUCUUCCUCCUCCGAACUCUUGCUCGGCAUCUGAUAAUGUGGGACUCGAUUCAACCCACGAACGAUUUUAUCCAAGCCUCCCUUCCCGAGCCCUACAGACCGAGAAUUGAUUUGAAGGCUACGAAAUUUCUGAGCACUGAAGACAUGCCAUUCUUCAACAUUGUUGCCGGGAUCUGCUUCGCAAUCGGGCUGAGGUUCGCAGGUUCUCAACGACACGACGUCCGCGAUCUCCUCGUCUCUUACCUGGACCAAUUCCUCCGUCUGAGUCGUCUACCCGCGCAUAACUACGAUUCGCGAAUUACGCUGAAUAGUGUGCGUAACUGUCUCGAUACCCUUGCCCUCUCUUCAGCCACCGUUAUGGCCGGAUCCGGCGAUUUGAUCAUCAUGCGCCGUCUGCGUGCCCUUCAUGGACGUACCGAUAGAGACACACCAUUCGGAAGCCACCUUGCCGCACAUAUGGCGCUCGGUGCAUUAUUCCUAGCCGGUGGCACACGUACCUUCGGAACCUCAAAUCUAGGGAUCGCGAGCCUGUGUAUCGCCUUCUAUCCGAUCUUCCCAAAUGACGUCCUCGACAACCGCGGCCACCUUCAAGCUUUGCGACAUCUAUGGGUGCUUGCCGCUGAGGGGCGGUGUCUCGUCGCAAGAGACGGUGACGCAGGUGGCUCCGUCUCGGGAGGCAUGACUGGUCGCAUCUCUUUAAAAAAUGGUGAGACGCAGUCAAUUCGCUUGCCUGGGUUGAUACCGGAGUUCAGCACCAUCAAAUCCAUUGAUAUCAAGGGUGAAGGCUUCUGGGAUGGGCAUCUUGAUUUCGACGCUGGGGGCAAAACGCUGAGAGAAAAGAUUAAGAGCGAAAAUGCCGUGAAUGUUGUCCUUCGGCGCCGCACGGCGUACGAUGAGCCCCCGAAGAAUCUUUUCACGGCAGAGUUGCAAGCCAAAGCUUGGGCGAUGGGAAUUCCGAGUGUUGACCCUAACGCAGUUCCUUCUUAUACUAGUGCGGUCGUCACCAGCGCUACAUCCGGAGUUGGCCUUACCACGAGCUUUGCAAAGACGGCAACCCCGAACCCGUUCGAAUGGAUGUUCGAAAUCGGGUCUCUCAAGGACUUUGAUCAUGCGGAACGAGCGCUGAUCCUAGGCCCCACACUUAUAGACGCCAAAGAAAUGAGCAGAGUCACGGUCGUGGAUUCCCGACUCGAGUUUGAGAAAGGCAUUCUUCCUUUUAAAUCUCACGGAGACCAAAAUUCUGGCGUAGAAAAGAGCCAGAUGGAUAAAGACAAACUAUGGCAGUUGAGGCUGUUGUUUGCCUGGUUUGAUCGGUGGGAGAGGGAGGAUGAGGAGCAUAAUCGAAGAGAACAAACGACUGGGCGACACCCAAAAAGUCCUGGUAGGGAUACCGAUGGGGAUCAAGAUCCAGAUAAAUGGUUCUCGAACAGUGGGGCCAGCUGGCUGAGAAAAGAGGUGAUCGAAAAGCUGAGAUGGAGGGUGUGGAAUCUGGCUACAGGCUCUGCGGAUGAGAUCGACGAGGCCGGGGACGCUGACACUACCGAGAUGUUGUGACGACCACGACCAACGACCUCCGCAUGGCGACGACCUUGAAGACUGGAUGAGGGUCAAUCCCUUGUAAUCUCGGGAAGGCGCCCAUUUACGCCAUGUAUCAUUGCGAAGGAGUAUUUUUACGCCCUUCCUCUCCCUCUCUACGAGAUUCGCGCGCUCCGGGGAAAGAAAAAGACAUUAUGGCAACGUGUUAAUGACAAAAGCUGCAUUCAUGGAUGGGUUUGGACCAGACCGGCGUUUGCGCAAAACGCGAUGGCUUCACGCACAAUGUCCUACAUACCGAGCAAAAUUGCCGAUAGAAAUAUCAAAUAUCAUCAUCG